AUGAACCGGAGAAAAUCUAGAGAGGUUUCUUACGGGGCCGCACGACUGAUGAAAAGAAAAGGAUUACACCGGAUUUCGUGGGAUAAGGUGACUGCUUCCAAAAAUGAUGGUGGUUUGGGGAUAGGCUCACUAAAGGCUCACAAUAUUGGUCUAAUAAUGAAAUGGGUUUGGCGGCUCCGAACAGAAAAGGAAGCAUUAUGGUGCAAAGUUAUAGUGGGGCUGCAUAACCAGGUCUUUGAUUACACAUCAAGACUUGGAAUUUCUGAUGAUGAUUUAUUCCAUAUCCAUACAAGAUCUGGAAAUAGUAUGUUGUGGAAAGAUAAGUGGAUUGACUCCAUCUCGCUACAGACCCGGUUCCCAACAUUAUACUCCUUAGAAUCACGGAAAACAUGCUUUGUUUAUGAAAGAAAAGCAAGUGAAAGCUUAUGUUGGGCCUGGAGAUCAAAGAUUACCUCCAUUGAAGCUUUGAAUGAGUUAUAUGAGCUUGUCUUCAUGUUGAAUAAUUAUAAUUUCCUACAAGGAAAUGAUAUGUUCAAGUGUAUAAUCAAUAAUGAUGGUGGUUUCACGGUGGAAGUAGUCAGGAAAAUUAUAGACUUGAAGUUGAUAGCAACAGGUGGAGUAAACUUCAUGUGUAAUAAGAUUACACCCUUAAAAGUCUUGUGCUUCGUUUGGAGAGCUGUGGGGGGCAGGAUCCUUAUAGUUGUUGAAUUAUUGAGGAAAAGAGUUCAAGUUCCAUCUAUUAGCUGCCAUCUAUGUGAUAGUGGAAUGGAAACAGCAGAUCAUGUCUUAAUUAAUUGUAGAUUCGCAGAAUGUGUGAUGGAGGGGAUUUUAAAAUGGUGUAAUAUUCUCUUUAGGUACUUCACCAAUAUUGGGGAACUUAUCAACUCUGCAGCGAGUUGGGCGGAUUUCCCCAGGAAACGAAAACUGAUAAUUGUGUAA